AUGGGCAGAGGCGGUAAAAGGGGCAGAGGGGGUGGGGGGGGCAGAGGAGGCAGAGGGGAGGGCGGAGGCUUUGAGGAUCAGUAUGGGGAUGCGGGCAUGUCUCAGGACAGGGACGAACACAUGGGAUUCAGCAGUAGAGGGGGAGCCAGUGGUGGACGCAUGGGAGGCGGAGGCGAUGCAGGGGGUGGUAGGCACGGCAGCAAUGUGAAUUUCAUCAGGCAUGUUCCCAAGUUUCUCCAGGGCCACAUGCACCUACUAGGCAAGCCCCAAGACAGCACGGAGGAGCAGCUGACAGCCAAGAAAGCUGCUCCAGACACUUGGGACAGUGAGGAAGACGAUGAAGCUGAGAGGCAGGAUGCGCUGCAGAGAGCGGUAGCACAAGAUCCCAGCCUGGUGCAGCAGUAUCCAGAACUGGCGAGCCAUGUAGCAAAGAAUGAGGCUGAGGCGGCAAAGGAGCUGGGGAACAAGGCAUUCUCAGAAAAGAGGCAUGCUGUGCACUGCAGGUUUGCUGACGCCGUGGGACACUUCAGCAAAUGUAUAGGGCUCGACAAGAUCAAUGAGAUCUACUACAGCAAUCGUGCCGCAGCGCUCAGCGCCUUGAAGCGCUAUUCAGAGGCCCUGGAUGAUGCCAAGAUGGUUGUCAGGCUCAAACCAAAAUGGGCAAAGGGCUGGGCGCGAGCUGGAGCUGCCCACCUUGGGCUCGAAGAAUGGGCAGAGGCAAGGGAGGCGUAUGAAAAGGGACUAGAGUUGGAACCAGAUGAUCGCACAAUGCAGGAAGCGAGGCACAGGGCCCACAUCAACGAGCGGAAGGCGAUUGAGGCUCAUCAGCAUAAGUUCAAGAGGCGAGAGGGUCCUGGGGGACUACCACAUGCAGGCAGCAAGCGGACUGGUCCCCCAGAGAAGAAAGCACGCAGUCAGGCUGCAGCGGGCGUCAAGAACAAAUCAAUGCUGUCAUUUGCAGGGGAGGACGAGGACUAG